CUCUCUCUCUCUCUCUCUCUCUCUCUCUGUUUUUAUUGGAAAUCAGGAGAUUGGGGCAAUGGGAAUGACCGAAUCAGAUCAGUCGUCCUAUGACAUUUCAGAUAAAUCUCAAGGAAAUCAGGAGAUUGGGGCUAUGGGAAUGACCGAAUCAGAUCAGUCAUCCUAUGACAUUUCAGAUAAAUCUCAAGAGGAAACCAUCCAGGAUCGAUCCCUCGAGUUUUCAGAAGAUGAAGAAGCACUGAUUAUCAGGAUGUUUAGGCUUCUAGGAGAAAGGUGGACUCUGAUUGCAGGGAGAAUCCCGGGUCGAACAGCAGAGGAGAUCAAACAAUAUUGGGCCACUAGAAGGAGCACCUCAUUCCAAGUUAAUGAAUAAAUCAUGUGACCAUAUUUCCAUGGAAUGCCUGGGAAAUGGGAAUGCCUCUAUUUUGGGAUUGUACCAUAGUAUUUCUAUAGUCCCUCGCUUUUAAAUAAAUUUUUUGAUGUCCUAUUAA